GUGGAGUGGUGGAGCGGCAUCAUCCUCAUUUUUCGAGACGCCGCGAACAGUUCCUUCUUCUCACGGUGAGUUUCGUACGACCGUUCCUCCAACGCGAGUCGAUCCCGCGAUCAGCCUUUACGAUCUUCGCGCACAUCUCGUCAUCCCCGAGGGAAACGAGCUUUCCGCCGUAACAGGGAAAGGAAGGACACGCAGCCAUGGGCGUGGAUGUCGAAAUCUUGAGUCCUGGAGAUGGUCAGACCUACCCAAAGACCGGGCAAACUGUGGUCGUGCAUUAUACAGGUACUCUUGACAAUGGAAAGAAAUUCGAUUCCAGCAGGGACCGCGGUAUACCGUUUAAAUUCAAAAUCGGGAAAGGUGAAGUAAUUAAAGGUUGGGACCAAGGAGUUGCACAAAUGUGCGUCGGGCAGCGGGCCAAGCUAACUUGUUCUCCAGACUUUGCUUAUGGUAGCCGAGGUCACCCUGGAAUUAUCCCACCAAAUGCCGUUCUCAUCUUUGAUGUGGAGCUGCUGAAGGUGGAGCCUUGAAAUACCUCUUAGAGUGUACCAAACUUGACCAAACGCAUUUCAAUACAAGAAAAAGAAAAAAAGAAAUUCAUCAAAUUAUGUUAAGUAGUUGUCGCACGAAUGGCACAUCCUACUCUAAUGCCUUAAUUCAAUCGCUCGUACAUUAAAAGUUAUAUUCACGAAGUAAUAUAUGAACGACGUUGAAAACGUUUGUUUCCUACAACCUCCUGCGGAAACGACGUACAAUUUAUACAAUGUAUAAAUUACAGAUCAAUAAUAUUCGACAUUGUCGCAUAGUUGUUAGAUUGUAAGAUCAUAUAUCUAUUAAUAUGUAGUUCGAUUUACCUGCUCUCUAAGAGAUGCUACUUAACUUGUGUACUUGAUUUGAAACAGACUAAUCGUGUUCCUACAAUGAGCGGUUGAAUAAAGGAAACCACCAGAUAUUUGCAAAAUAUAAUCCGUGUUCAUUCCACUCAUUACAUAUUUGAUGACCUUUCGAGUAUUUUGUACAAAGAUUCAAUAAAGAAAAGAACAGUUGAUAAUGC